AUGUCUUCCAGGCGCGAUACUGCGCCAUCGGCUCAGGUGGAAGAAGAUGAAACCAAUCAAAAUGCUGCCACCGAGUCAAAGCCAAACAAUCCAUUCAAGAUGCCUUCUGACGAAGAGAUUUUCUCUCUGAGAGAUGAUGAGAGGGCGAGAAAAGAAGAGGAGAGGAAAAAAUUCCUCUCGCUUCCUGUUCACAUGAAGACGACAUGGAGUUCUCGGGCAAGCACAACCUCGAAGAACAUCCUCAAGGAUGAUGAUGAUGGUAAGGCAUCAGGGCUCGACAAGUCCGGGAAAAGAAGCGCCGGCAUGAAAACAACCGAUCAGAUAUUCCGGCAAGAGAGGAGAAGAGAGAAGGAGAACAUGACAGAUUUCAUCGAGAAGAAGCGGCAGAUGUUUCUCGUUCAGAUGUCCCUUGACACCAAGCGCGCGGAAAUCCGCAAGCUUGAAGAACAGGCGCAGCAGAGAGAAGAGGCCCUGCGAAAGAGCGAAGCAAUGCUGGAGGAGGAUGCAGCGAGGUUUGAAAGUUUUCUGAAGAAGAACGAUCAGAAUGCGGUUGAGGCAAUAAGGAAAGCAGAGCAGGAGACGAAAGCCAAGCAAGAUAAGGUGCAGGAGAUCAAGAAGCUCAACGCUCAGAUCGCGGCGGUCAAGAGUGAGAUGACCAAGUACGAGGAGUCGCUGGAGGAAUGUCAGGCGUACAAGAAGUUCCUUGACGACCUGACUCCUCACGAGUACAUCAAAGAUCAGCUCGAGCAGCAUGAGUUGGAGAAAGAUGAGAUGCGCCACAAGAGGAAAGCUGAGAGAAAGCAGGCGUUGCGAGCAGCAGAGGACAAGAAAGCAGAAGAAGACUUCACAGCAGAGAUGGAGGCCCUCAAGAGCGUGAAGGGGAAGCGACCAGACCCAAAGGAGUGGAAGGAGCAGAAGGCGACGGAAAGAAAGUUGGAGGAUGCGCAAGAUGAGACGUGGGACCCUGACGAGGGGAAGGCGUGGGAAGUUCCGAUGUACUUCACGAGGCCGCAGCAGCUUCUCGACAUCUUCGCGGCGCUGGAGGAGCGAAACUUGUUCCUCAUCCAGAACUCGCAGGAGACGGAGGAGCAGCUGGAGGAGCUGAAGCAAAGACUGGAGAGCACGAAAGCCAAGAUGAACGAGGAGACCGAACAACUCAACUCUCAGAUCAGCACCCUCAAGGUCUCAUCCCCCUCUUUCUCACUCUCAUCCCCCUCUUUCUCACUCUGUCGUAAGGGCGCCAUCUCUGCCGAAGAAAUCAAGGCCUCGGCCUUGCGAGAGAGAGCGAAUCCGCUCAAGGUGAGCAAGAGGAGGACGAGAACGUGGAAGAUCAGCAGCAGCAGCACAGCCGCAGCACAGCAGCAAGAGAUGCUGGCAAACAUCGAGGCGCGACUUGAGGAGCACCUCUCAGCCAUCGAGCGGAUGCCCCAGGAGGAGGUGGAGAAGGCAGAGAAGGAACGAGAGAAGGAGCGACGAGCUCGCGUGCGAACUGAGAAGAUGGCGGCGCAGAAGAAGCAGCAGGAGGAUCGUAUCAACAAGUCGAUUGAGCGAUCGAAAGCUCCCGUGCAGAAGAAGACAGGCAAACCUGUGAUGUUCCGGUACCCUGCCCUCUUCUUGUUUCUUUUUCUCCCUCCUCUCGUCUCAUUGUGCCAUAGCGCACCUCCGCCAGUAACGAGGAAGCGAGAGAAAGACAUCAAGGAGGAGCGCAACUCAGAUGAGGAGGUCAGUCCUUCUCUACUCCACUCGCUUCCUCUCAACCACCUGCUCCCAUUUUCUUCCUCUGCCUCUUCCUCUUCCUCUGCCUCUUCCUCUGCCUCUUCCUCUGCCUCUGCCUCUUCCUCUUCCUCUGCAUCUUCCUCUUCCUCUUCCUCUGCCUCUUCCUCUUCCUCUGCCUCUUCCUCUGCCUCUGCCUCUGCCUCUGCCUCUUCCUCUUCCUCUUCCUCUGCCUCUUCCUCUUCCUCUACUUCUCAGGUCCGCUUCUUUUCUCAUUCGAGUCUGCAGGAUCUCAAGGAGUUUCUUACCGAGUGA